UAAGAUAGAGCCAUACUAGGGCCAGAAGGGGAGGGAUGUGUAGGUGGCGCUGGUUCAGUGUUCACAACACGGAGUUGCUUGAGGCCAGUUUGGGAAUGCCAAGGUUAUAUUGGUUAGUUGCGUGAGCGGUUGUGGCACGAGUACCAUCACACGUCUUAAGGUGCAGUCGAGUUGUUAAAGCUAUGCCAGGACUCCGGUCGCUGGUAGCACGGAGGAGGUCUUCCCUGGCAUCUCCACCCUAUGUCCCAAACACCAGCAACCAACCACCCGACUUAUCUGACCUAUGUGAUAAUACUGGUAAGGGUCAGAAAUCAGACAUUAAGGAUUUACAACCAUCGGAACAAGUAAAUGAAAAUAGUGAAGAAGUGGACCAAGAUCAGGAAACUAGUGAUAUUGUGAACAGCCAGAGUUUAGGUAAUGAUGAUUUUGUAACUCCAGAAGAGGUGAAUGAGAAUGAUAAUGAAGUGAAUCAGAGUCAGGAAUUAUGUGAUGCUUAUCAUGUAAUAAGUAACAGGACAAAGGAAAGAACUGUGAAGGGGGGAGAGGUGAGCUCCAACCAAGAGCUUACGAAUAUAGAACCUGAUGAAAGUAACAAUGCACAGGGUCUAGCAGUUUUGAAUGGGGAAACAGCACUUCAGAAUGAGGAACCUACUGUUGAAGAUCACGUUGAAAGUGACAGUGCACAGAAUACAGUAGAUGUAAAUGAUAAAGAAGUGAACCCAAGUCAGGAAGUUACUGAUGUAGCAGUAGGUUAUGUAGAAAAGGAUAGUUCAUAUGAAAUUAAAAAUGUAGACAGUGAAAAAAAUAACUACCACCAGGAACUAACUAAUGCAGAGUGCGUUCAAAAUAACAGUUUGCAGGAACUAACGGAUGGGAAAAAUGAAGCACCAAAAGAGAAUGAGGGAACUACUGAAGCAGAUCAUGCAGAGAAAAACAGUGCACAGGGUAUUACCAUUGUGAAUGAAGAAGUGAACCAAGCUUCUGAUUCAUGUCAUGUUGUUAAGGGGAGUGCACUGGAAGGAAAAGAUGUUAACAACAAGGCAGAAAUUGAGGUAAUUCGGUUUGUAAAAAAAGAUGGUGAUAAUGUAAGUCAGAGUGAUAGCCCAGAUAUUCUGACUGGGAAACAAUCAAAUCCAAGUGAUGGAAAUGGGAAAUUAUUGACUAAAAGCUUUUCCAACACUGAUAACAAAGACCAGGCAAAACUUAACAGCAAAAUAUGUGAUAGUGGUAACCAGAGCAGUGAUGCUGUACAGUGUAGUGAAAGAAUUAACUUUCAUACUGUAAGCAAAAAAUACAGUGGAAAUACAAAUAACCGUGUAAAUAGGUCAGCAAUGGAGAUUGAAUCGACAUUAGCCAGCCGGGGUGUAACUAUAGUAAGAAGAAUGGUUGAUAGUACAGAUAAUAGUGGUAGAGUGAAAAAUGAAAUGGUGCAAAAUACUAAAAAUGAUGUUACUAAUAAUGGUUCUGUAAUUACAGCCAACAUAGAAAUCAGUAAACCUGGUGGUAUUAGUAGAUUAUCAACACAAUCAUACUCUAGAUCAUCAUCACUUAAUGCUAAUUCUAAAGGACUUGCAUCUGUCAGUAUCCAGAGUGGAUCAUCAGUCCGUCACUUCUCAGGAGGACAAAUCAGUCGUACAGUGUCAAAAGAUAUGUGUAAAGCUAAUAAUGUAAGAGGGACAUUUGUCAAAGCUGGCCCAAAAGCCAUUCCAAUUAUUUCAAACCGUAAGGGAUCUACUCAGUUAAAUCCAAGGGGCAUGCCCAUAAAUCCAAAUUCCAAAGUUACCCCUCUGCACCCAGCAUGGAGAGAAAUGCCCAAUCACUCUAAUAUGAGAGGCCCUACAGUUGCAAAUAUUAGAGGACUAAAAGUUGAUAUAACUCAAAAAGGACUAGUUGCACACAAAGGAUUUGCUGCACACCUAAGACCAAGAGGACCAGUAGUCCAGAAUUCUCUCAGAGGAACUGCUUUGCAACCAAACCUCAGAGGACCUGCAAUGCCCACGGAUCACAGAGGAUUACCAAGAUAUAUGAACACCAAAGGACCACUGAGAUAUACAAGCCCAAGGGGACCUACUACAAAAUCUACCAUAACUGGAGUAUCUCCUCAGUCAAAGUCAGCUGUACUUUCUUCUUAUGUAAGACCAGUUACUCCUCAACUAUCAAGGUCUGCAGGAAAUCAGUCACAGCCACGAUCUAUAGGACUCCCUCAUCACUCAAAAUCUGCUGAAGUAUCUCUAUUGUCGAGGCCAGCAGAAGUCUCUCCUCAGGCGAGGCCUACUGAAAUGUCCCCACGUUCUCAUUCUACACAGAUGUCUCCACAGUCAAGGCCUGCUGUAAUGUCUCCACUUUCACAUGCCGCAAAAUUAUCACCAUAUUCACAAUCAACCAAGAUGUCCCCGCAGUCAAAUUCUGCUGAAGUCUCUCCACAGUCCAGGCCUAGUGAUUUAUUGUCGAAGUCUCGAUCAGCUGAAGUUGACCUGUCUGCACAAUCCAGAUCAAGUGACAUGUCUCCACAGUCUAGGACUACUGAAACAGUCUUAUCUCCACAGUCCAGAUCAGCUGAAGUAUCACCACAAUCCAGGUCUGCUCAAAUUUCACCACAGGCUUUAUCUACUGGAAUCCAUCCACAUUCAAGGUAUACAGGGAUGUCUCCCCAGUCUAGGAUUACUGAACUGUCUUCACAGUCCAGAUCUAUGGGACUGCUUCCCCAAUCUGGUUCUGCUGAAGUGUCUCCACAGUUACGGUCUACAGGCCUUUCUCCUCAAUCAGCCUCAACUUCCGCUACUGCUGCUGGACGUCAUGCCCAGAUGAGUAUGAUGGGGGUACCACCACAGACUAGUACUAUAGGAACCAUUUCACACUCAAACAAUGAAAGACUUCCACCACACUCCACUUCAGGAGGACAUUUGUCACAGGCCAACACUAUGGGAAUACCUUCACAGAUACUGCCUUCUGGUCUCCCACAUAUGGUUAAUUCUGAAAGAUUUUCUGGAAGUGCCAGUUCUAGUGGGUUCCCAGGAUUUUCUGGACGUUCUGAAGCAUUCUCUCCAUACAACAAUCCAGGGGAGUUCUCUACACCUUCUAAUACUAACGAGUUCUCUGCACAACUGAACUCGGGAGGGUUCAAUAUGCAUUCCAACUCGGGGGGGUUUCCCACACAGACCAACCUUGUAGGAUAUCCAACUCAGACCAAUUCAUGUGGAUUCCCUCAGCCUGCCAAUUCUGGAGAUUAUUCUUCACAUAAUCCAGGAGGACUUGUCGGACAAACAGAUUCUGAGGGGUUCCGUGCACACUCAAGUUGUGGUGGCUUUCCUACUCCAAUAAACCCUGCUGGGGGAUAUACCCCACAUUCAAGUGCUGAACCUUUCAAUGUUCCAACAAACUCUGGUGAAUUUCAUGAAAAUCCCAGUGAAAUGAUGAUGUACCCAGGAUCAAGAGACUUCUCAAUGCAUACAAACUCCAGAGAAUUUCCAAGUUACAGUAAUUCUGAUCAAUUGUCAAAUCAUCCACUUUCUCAAGAGAUGUCUGCUCAUGCAGGUCACAUUAUAGGAGAGCAGUAUACUCAGUCUAAUUAUGGAGAUUCACUUGUUCACACAGGUUAUAGAGAAGCAUCUCUACAUUCAAGGACCAAUCCUGGAGAAGUGCCACUGCUUCCGGAUUUCAGAGAGUCAUCAUUACAACAUAAUUAUAGAGAUUCUUCAGUGCCCCACAAUUAUGGCAAUUUUAGAGACCCGAGUUCACAGAAUAAUUCACGAACUUCACAGUCACACAGCAGUUAUAGGGACAUGCCAUUGCAUCCUAACAUGAGUGAACUCCAAGGUCAUGCAAAUACUAGAGCACAAACUCCACAUGUCAACUUCAAGGAGCAGCCUGCUUCAACAGGAUACAGAGGACAAGAUAUUCUUGGCAACUACAUGGACCCCCCAGCCAUUCCCAACUUCAGAGAAACAAUGGCCCUUAGUGACUGUAGAGAACAGUCUAUUCCAAACUUUAGAGAAAAUGUUAGUCAUACCAGCCCCAGAGAACAAGUUCUGCCAAAUUUUAGGGAGGAUGUAAGUCACACUAGUCCUCGAGAGCACGUUCUACCAGGUUUUGGAGAGAAUAUAAGUCAUACCAGCCCAUCUUUUGGAGAAUCUGUAAAUCAUGCUAGUCCUACAGAGCAAGUUCUUCCAAGUCUUAGAGAGCCUAUUAACCAUAACAGCCCCAGGGACCAAAUUAUCCCUUUUGGGGAACCUGUAAAUCAUACCAGCCCUAGAAAUCAAGUUAUUUCAGGCUUUAGAGAACCUGUAAGCCAUGCCAGCCCGAGAGAGCAAGUUCUACCCAGUUUUCAAGAAACUGUGAGCCAUACCAGCCCUAGAGAGCAAGUUCUUCCUUCUUUUGGAGAUAGUGUAAGUCAUAAUAGCCCAAGAGAAAUUCUUCCCAGUUUCCAAGAAACUUUGAGUGACACAAGUCCCAAACAGCCAUUUCUGCCAGGAUUCAGAGAACCCAUUGAUUACACUGGUUUCAGAGAACCCAUGGAUCCUAACAAUUCCAAUCCGAGGGAACUGCUUGAUUAUGCAGCAAGUUGUAGACAACCAUCAAAUUCAGUUCAAAGUAAUAAAAUAGGAGCAGAUGAUAGUUACAGAGAUGCACAGUCAAUGUCAGAUUUCAGAGUAAACUCUCAGCAUAUAACUCUGGAGGAGCCACGUGUUGAUAUGAAAUUCAAGGAAGCAAGCCUUGGUAGCAGCUAUACAGAAUCAACAGCACUUCCUAGUUUUACAGAAUCAUUUGAACAUUCUAGUCCCAGUGAGUUACUCAGGAAAAAAGAGAACAACAAUGCAGGACUCCCGGUUUUCAGAGAUGCGUCUCAUUACACAACCCCAAGAAGUAUUCCUGAUUGUGGCAGUUUUAAAGAAACUGCUGUAUCACCAAGUUCAAGAUCACCUGGAUAUGCAAAUGCAAGGAAUUGCUAUGGUUCUCACCACACUGGAGAUCUACCUUCUUACUUGGAUAGACAAGAAUCUUCUAUGUAUCCCUGUGCAAAUGAUUCCAGUGAUUCUCUUUUAAGAGAGUCCACUGCUUAUUGUAGCAAAAGAGAAUUGUCUGUUCAUUCCAGUUCUGUUUAUUCUUCAGCACACACUGAUGUAAGAGUUGCUGGUGUUCAUGUAAGAUCUAGAAUUUCUGGUGUUCAUGUUGGUGCUAGAGAUAGUUCUCAUCCUGAAAAGUCUCAUGUUCAAAGUACUCAAGGUUAUGGUGUUCAUUCUGGCAUAGGAAAUUCACUCGAUUAUUCAGGUACAAUAGAUUCACUUGUCCAUCCUGAUGGGAGAGACACCUAUAUUGACCCAAAGAUGACAGAGACCUCUGUUCAUCAUGUCACUAUUCAGUCACACUACAGAAAUUUGCCUCUGGGUUCUUCCACUGUUGAUCCUGCAAAUCCUCUAAAUUCUGUAGAAGGAAAAUUGUUUAAUAAUGAGUCAUCAUUAAUGGAUGUAACACCAAAUGAGUUUGAUGUAAGUGCUUUUCAUUCAAGUCCAACAACAUCACACCACAUAAAUGAACAUCCAGUACCUUCAAAAUGUGUCAAAGCACCUGUAGAUAUAAGCCCUAGUGGUUCUCCAAGCUGUUCUGAUUCUGUUGGGUCUCCAGAGAAGUUUUCUUCAGUAGUUUCCUCCUCUAAACAUGAGUCUGGAGCCUCUCCGAGUUCUCAAGAUAGAAUAGUUAUAAAAAUGAAAUUGCUCCAUAGUGAUUUGGGAAGUGAAAGUGAAAGACACUGCAGAGCAGAAAAUGCAAGUGUUACUGAAUUAGGGUGUGAUAGUAGAAACUCGGUGAAAUAUCCUUUGUCAAAGUACACUCGAUGGACCAUUGACAGUAUAAUAAAUGGAAGAGAAGACAUAAACUGUGAGGAGGGACUAGAUAAACUAGAUAUUGAAGAAGGAGAAUUAGGUUUUCAAGAAGACUGUAAAUCUACCUUAUCAGACAGUCCUAAAAGAACAAGUAAGCGAAGAAGCCCUAUAUUGUGUAGUGAGUCAAAAGACACCAAACUAGAUACAAAUAAAAAUUUGAUGAAGAAAACACUUAGAAUCACAAUUGCAAAUCCAUUACGAACCAGAGUUUCACCAGAAGAUGAUUGUACAGAUGCAAAGGUGAAAGAAAGCAAGUGUGAUAGCAUGAGAUUGGGUUCUGAAACAAUUCAGGAUGAGGGAAAUGGUGAUGUGCAGUCAGUGACCAUUAGCAGUGUUCAUAGAAGUAGUAUAGAAAAUGAUACUGAAAACCAAACUCAUCUGUGCACAGCUAAAAAAUUGAGGGUUAGACACUUGAAAUCUACAUCCCCAGCACCAAGUAUUGAAAGUUGUGCCAGCUCAGCUAGUGCCUCACGUGCGUCCAGUCGGAGAUGUAGCCGCAGUAGUGACGCUUCUGUAUCAUCUGUAACAAGUGUAUUUAAUGAAGGCAAUGAUUAUCCAGUCGUUCCUGACAUAAAGAAGUGUAGUAUUGUCAUCAAGCGUAUAUAUACAACAGAUAAUUAUAGCUGUUACAGUAGCAGCUUGUGUGAUAAAAAAUCUGUUCUGAACAAGCAGGAUGCACGUCCAGCAAGACCAAAGCGCAAGGCAGCUGUUGAAGCCAGUGAACGAUGUCAUAAAUCUUUGAGAUCACUUGAUACAACUGAUAUAAAAAAAAAAAAUCCUCACAAUGGUGCAUUUAAUAAAGGAAAUAAAUUUGUGUCGGUGAACUUGACAACCAGCAAGAACCUGCAUAGUAAUAUACCUCGGUGCUCGGUUCUUUUAUAUGAUAUAUUUAUGAAUUGCCGCAUAAACAAAAUGAUGUGCCCUGGUUGUUCACGGCACUAUGAUAGCUCUGACAGUGUACAAGUUAACAUCAAUAAAGCUACAAUUUCACUGCUAUGUUCAGCAUGUCAGUGGUUGGUGGUCAAGACUGUUCACCCACGUGAAGUUGACUCCAUGGCACCUAGCUGAGACAGGCUAAACCAGUUUUGUUUUUAUUUUUGAUUUCCAAAUUUUAUUAGGCACACAACCUAUGAUCCUUGAAAAGAUGAGAGCUCAUACAUGUAGAAUUAAUGUUACUUGAGUGGCUGUUGUAGUUUGAACAAGUGUUUCAUUAAGUACAAGUAUGCAUUGUUUUAUAUGCAUCUCCCCAAAUAAUGUGUAACUUAAAAACUAUACUGUCACGACAGUAAACCCUAGUCAGUCACACCAGUACAGUAUUGAACCUUGCUAAAUAUGCCAAUUUGUGGUGUGACCUUAGGAUGUAAAUUAGGAUUAAAGAAUUUGAUAGCUGUGAGAUUUUAAGAUUUGAAGGUGCUUAUUACUACCUAUACUGUGUAUGGAUUUAUUAUUUCUAAAUAAUUGGUUGAAUAUAUGUACUGAAAGCACUCAAUGCACAAGCUCACUGACCUUGAAUUUAUCCUGUUUAAGGAAACUUGGCUCAGACUUUUUAUGCUCCUAGGAUGUGCGAUUAUAAUGCUGUUAAACACAGUGGAACAUUGCAUGGGGUUAUUGUUUGAUGUAACAAGAAUUUGUAAUGUGCCUGAAUGAUGUUAUGUAACAGAACUUUGGAAGAGAUAAUGUUAUCAUUUAAUUUUAUAGAAAGCAUUCAAUUGUCAUCUUUUUUUUUUAUAUAACAAGUGUGUUAAUUUGAAACUGUAUAUUAUGCUCUGACAUAUUACCAACAAAAAUGAGCUGAGUUAGAUUUUAAACUUCAUUGCUGUGUCAUUAGUGUACAGUGAGAAAAAUAGAUUUGGAAGCUGUGGAUACAAUAUUACACUUGUAUUCACCUUCUGAACUUGAUAAUGAGCAGUUUACAGAUGCUGUAAAUUAGUCCCAUUUAAAUUACAAAAAGUAACAUUAUACAGUACUACUGUAUAAUGAAGAUUUGUUUAAGUAUCCUGUACUGUACAUAGUUGUACUGACAGGAACUUAAACAGUUUUUACAACAUUGAAAUUAAUUGAAACCCUUUCAUUUUAAAUUCUUUUAUAUUGGUGUAUUAGAUGAGAAAAAUUAAUAUAAAGUGGCAUUUUGGCCAUGGCAUUAUUAAUAAACUGGUCUUUAAAAAGAAUGUUUCAUUGGUCAGGUUGUGAGUAUUAAGCUGUGUAUACCUGGUAAGCUUAUUCUGUAAGGUAGAAUUUGUAUGCUUUUACUGCUUUCACUGUUUUGAAGUUUAAAGUUCUUGUUUUUUUUGUUUUUUUUCAUAAACUAAUUGCAGAUGGGAUUAUCAGAUGUUAUAUUAUGAUGUUUUUGGAAUUUGGUAUUCUUUAUUUUCACAUUGAAAGGAAAUUACAGGAAAAGUAUGCUCAAAAAAUGAUUUUCAGAAAUAUCUCAGCAAAUGUUUGGAAUACCACAAAGUAAGGUUGUCUGAAUAUGUGUACAGUAUGUACUGUAUUUGCAAAUGAAAAUUUGCUAUAUAAUGUAGAUUACACAAAGGCUUAAAAUGUAAACUCAAGAAAUUCUCCCAGUAAAGCUGACAUCUCAGGGAAAGAACCACCCUGUAGUACAUGUAUAAUGUGAGGAGCAUUAGCAAGAAACAAGAAUGUAUGCAUGUGUAGAAUGUAUGAAAACAAAAUAUGCAGACAAGAGGUAAACAAUCCCAAGUGAAAAAAAAAAGUGAUACUAGAGUUUUUUGUUUUUU